AUGCUAGAGCUUCGUCUAGUUCAAGGUAGCCUCCUGAAGAAGGUUCUUGAAGCCAUGAAGGACCUCGUCAACGACGCCAACUUCGAUUGCUCCGCUACUGGUUUCUCCCUCCAGGCUAUGGAUUCCAGUCACGUCGCCUUGGUCUCUCUCCUCCUCCGCUCCGACGGUUUCGAGCAUUAUCGCUGCGAUCGCAAUAUCUCCAUUGGGAUGAACCUUGGCAACAUGGCGAAGAUGCUCAGGUGCGCUGGCAACGACGACAUUGUUACGCUUAAGGCCGAUGACGGUAGCGAUUGCAUCACGUUCAUGUUCGAAAACCCUUCUCAAGAUAAGAUAGCUGAUUUUGAGAUGAAGCUGAUGGACAUUGAUAGCGAGCAUCUCGGAAUCCCCGACGCCGACUACCAGUCCAUUGUUAGAAUGCCGGCAGCUGAGUUUGCGAGGAUUUGCAAGGAUCUUAGUUCCAUUGGCGAUACUGUUCUGAUUUCUGUGUCCAAGGAAGGCGUUCAGUUCUCAACUAGAGGCGAUAUAGGCAUCGCUAAUAUCGUUUGCAGGCGAAAUACCACGGUUGAUAAGCCUGAAGAAGCCGUCGUAAUAGAAAUGGAAGAACCAGUUAGCUUAACCUUUGCCCUGAGGUACCUCAACUCCUUUACAAAGGCAACCCCUCUAGCAAGCCAGGUGACUAUUAGCCUGUCUUCAGAUCUGCCCGUAGUGAUUGAAUACAGAAUUGAAGAUAUGGGUUAUAUAAGAUACUACUUGGCUCCUAAGAUCGAAGAAGAGGAUGAAGCUGCAGCUGCAGCUGCAGCAAUUAGCAGACCUGAGGCUGGGCCCAAGCAUACAGCAGAGGCAGCAAAACGUAAAGCAGAAUCGAAGCCAAAAUUCGAGCCUCAAUCUGAAUCAGAGAUGAAGAAUGAGGAGGACAAGGGGUCUGUAAUUGAAAUCAAGGAUGAAGAAAACAAGUCUGUAGUUGUAAUAAAGGAUGAAGAAGACAAGAACUCUUCAGUCCUGAGCAAGGCCGAAGAGGAAACCAAUACUCCCAAGGAACCGAAGAUUGAAACAAUGGAACUUGAGUGAAGUCUGAAAUGAGAAAUCUAUCAGUCAGUAAGUAGGAAAUGUUAGCCACUUUUUUUGUAACUCCUGUUGGUUAGGUUAGCAGAGAUGACAAGGAGUGAUUUUUGUGACAUACAUGCAAGAAUUCAUGGCUGUAUGUUUCUUUAGGAUGAAUUCUGUGUAAUUGGAUUCUGUUGUAAGAAUCUGUA